AGUCAAAAAGCAAACAUGCUUCAUCAUUCCCUGCUGUCUCAAACUGUUGCUGUCACUGUGUUGCUCUUUUCAUUUGUGCUGUUCUUCUUCAGACCAGAUUCUAGGAUGGCAAGCGAACCCACAAAGGAGCCACAAUCAAUCUAUGACUUCACUGUCAAGGAUGCUAAGGGAAAUGACGUAGAUCUUAGCACUUACAAGGGAAAGGUCCUACUGAUUGUCAAUGUUGCUUCUAAAUGUGGCAUGACCAACUCAAAUUACAUUGAGUUGAAUCAGCUAUAUGAAAAGUACAAAGAUCAAGGCUUGGAAAUACUGGCAUUUCCAUGCAAUCAGUUUGGCGAGGAGGAACCAGGGAGUAAUGAUCAGAUUACGGAGUUUGUCUGCACUCGCUUCAAAUCGGAAUUUCCAAUCUUUGACAAGAUUGAAGUGAAUGGUGAGAAUGCUGCUCCAGUGUAUAAGUUCUUGAAGUUAGGCAAAUGGGGAUUUUUCCGGGACGAUAUCCAAUGGAACUUUGCCAAGUUUCUGGUCAACAAGGAUGGGCAAAUUGUUGAUCGUUAUUAUCCCACAACUUCUCCUCUUAGCCUUGAGCUUGACAUCAAGAAGCUGUUGGGAGUGAAGGAAUGAAUGCUAAGGCCUUGGGCAUUGGCAUGGGGCAUGGGAAGGGGCAUCCUAAAUUUGAAGCUUUUGAUAUGAGCUUGCCUUUUGUGUGUAUGUGUGCUGUACUGACUCAUAAAGUUUGUUGGAGAAUAUUAUGUCUGAAUGUGAUGCAUCUCUUCAUGUGUGAUAGUUAAAAGAUGCAUUUUAGAGUAACGCUACAUAUCAUCUCUUGAUAUGAGCUUGCCUUUUUUGUGUAUGCGUGCUGUACUGACUCAUAAAGUUUGUUGGAGAAUAUUAUGUCUGAAUGUGAUGCAUCUCUUCCUCCA